CCGACGGCCCUGUUCCUCUCUCUCACGCAUUGAAACACACUCACAACACCGUCUUUCUCCCUUCCUCUCUCUCACUCCCUUUUUUCUCUUUGCAAUUACGCAAAGAGACAACACUAGUACAACUAUGCAACAACAGUCCUCACCACAUUAUCUUCUCUCUCUCUCUCUCACACACACAUUGCACAUAGAGACUGAGAGAGAGCACGCUAUCUAAAAGAGUCCUCACAAUCGACUUCUCUCUCUCUCUCUCUCUCAAUUACAAGAGUCUUCAAGAUUAGUCACUCAAUUUCUGGGAAAAUUGCACAAAAACACGCAUGGCAGAUAUAGCCAAGUACGCACCCAUUGAUGGCGGCAACUUAUUCUCAGAGUUCAAAUCUCAAUUCUCAAUCAUUAGAACUAGAAAAACCAUCGGUUUUGCUUACGCCUUCGUCUUUGUCUUCAUCGCCUUCACCAUUUUCCUUGCUUUUACCCCUUCUUCAACCUCCUCUUCCCCGUGGUUCACUAACAUUUUCACUCUCCCCUCCACCACUGAUGCAUCUUCAGACCAAUCUCAUUUCUCUUCUAUUUAUGGCUAUUUUUUCCCAAAUUCUUCCUCAUCAAAUUCUACACUGCCCCAGAAUGCCGGAUCUGCUCCUCAUCAAGUCGAACUCUCUAACCCAACUAAUUCCACCAAUUCACCACAGAAAUCUCAAGUGAAUCAAACUUCCAGUGGUGAAAGUGAAGUCUCGAAGCAAAAUCAGACUCAAAUUCCUGAAAAAGUUGAAGUCUUGGAGCAAAAUCAGACUCAAAUUCAAGAUAAGGUUGAAGCCUCGAAGCAAAACCAGACUCAAAUUCAAGCGGAAGUUGAAAGCUCGAAGCAAAAUCAAACUCAAAUUGAAGAGGAAGUUGGAAGCUCGAAGCAAAAUCAAACUCAAAUUCAAGAUGAAGCUGGAGUCUUGAAGCCAAAUCAGACCGUAAUUCCGGCCACAAAAUCUCCCGACCUAGCUAACUCCACGGCUAAUUCAUCGCCGGAAUCUUCAUCCGGAACCAAGAACGUCUCAGCAAAUGGUGAAAAUGGAAUUGCGGAAAAGGGUGUGCCCAAGAAUCUAACUUCUUCUCUGAUGAAGAAGCAGAACAAUAGCACAAAUGCCCAGGAGAAGGGGACGGGUGAUUUGAUUAAAUCUUUGAUGAAUUGCGAUUUGUUUGAUGGAAAUUGGGUGAAAGAUGACUCGUAUCCACUGUACAAGCCUGGUUCUUGUGCUCUGAUUGAUGAGCAAUUCAACUGUUUCCGCAAUGGAAGACCUGAUAAUGACUACUACAAGCUCAAAUGGAAGCCCAAGGGCUGCACUCUUCCGAGGUUGGAUGGAAGCCAUAUGUUGGAGAUGUUGAGAGGAAAAAGAUUAGUUUUUGUUGGUGAUUCUCUAAAUAGGAACAUGUGGGAAUCCCUUAUUUGCAUACUGAGGAACUCUGUGAAAGAUAAGAAGAAGGUUUAUGAAGAAUUCGGUCGCCAUCAUUUUCGAGGAGAAGCUUCAUAUUCCUUCGUGUUUGAAGAUUACAAAUGCAAAGUGGAAUUCUUUGUGUCUCCAUUCUUGGUUCAAGAAUGGGAAGUAACUGGAAAGAAUGGCGCGAAGAAGGAGACUCUUCGACUUGAUUUACUCAGCAGAGGUGCCAGUAAAUAUAAGGAUGCGGAUAUCAUUGUGUUUAACACAGGGCAUUGGUGGACUCACGACAAAACUUCCUUGGGGAAGGACUAUUAUCAGGAAGGCAGCCAUGUGUAUAGUGAUCUUGAUGUUCAUGAGGCUUUCCGCAAAGCUUUAACGACGUGGGGAAGAUGGAUAGAUUCCAAUGUUAAUCCCAAGAAAUCACUUGUAUUCUUCAGAGGCUAUUCCGCAUCUCAUUUCAGUGGUGGCCAGUGGAACUCUGGCGGGCAAUGUGACCACGAGACGGAGCCAAUAAAGAACGAUACUUAUCUCGCACCAUAUCCCUCGAAGAUGACUGUUUUGGAGAAGGUGUUGAAAGGGAUGAGAAAAACUCCAGUUACUUAUCUGAACGUCACCAGAAUGACAGAUUACCGCAAGGAUGGCCACCCAUCGAUAUACCGGAAACAACACAUGUCGGAUGAGGAGAAGAUAAAGCCGUUGCAUUUUCAAGACUGCAGCCACUGGUGCCUCCCGGGCGUGCCCGAUACAUGGAACGAGAUCUUGUAUGCGGAACUAUUGGUGAAACAGAGACAGUGGCAACAACAGAAAAGGUCGUAAGUAAAACUCGUGAUCAGAACCACAGCCAGCUCCUCGUGGUCGUCUACGAGACGAGCAUGAGUUCCCACCCGAUGAAGUCCAGUAAAUAUUCUUACAUGAAGAGGGCGCUGUGAUAAUACAACAGCGAGAUGAGCCUAAAGAAAGGUGCAUUACACUCCUCUCAUGUGCUUACUUGAUGAGAAUACAGUUUACAUUAUACAUAUACACAUGGUAAAUAUGUUGUUUGUAUGAAAUUGAUGAAGUUGUUAUCUUUUUGGAGGAAGAGAUUUUUAACUCCAGUGUAUGUUUAUAUGCGGAAAAUGGAGGGGAGAGGAGGUUGAAGCUUAUAAUUUCCCAUUUGCUACAGAAAUAAUCUUAAAUAAUUAUUCUAUUCUUAACCUUUUUA